CAACUGGAGAGUAUGUGCCGCUGAAACCCAGUGCCAGGCUUAUCAGAGAAGGGAUGGUCGUUCAGGUUGACACCUCCAUUCCUCAACAUACUAUCUAUGCAAAUUAAAGCGAACCCCAGGAGGUGUGAGGAUAUAAAAGAUGCUCAACGCCGUGGAAACACAAUUCCCUCUGGACUGCGACUAUCUUGCACGUUUUGUGCACACUUUGCGUUGUUUCUUGUGCUUACAGCUUUAGCGCACGGAUUUGGAGGGAAGAUGACUUUCUACGAUGACAUUUACCCAUUCUACCCGCUACAAAGAACCUCGUUCAUAUUCAGCGGCAGCCUGCUCGCUGUCAUCCUGGUUUUCCUGACGCUGCUCGUCACCUUGCUCCUCAUUGUGCCUGGGAUACGUGGCCGAUCGCGGAUACUUUGGACAUUCAGGAUCAUCAUUAGUUUAUUCAUAGGAGUGGUUAUAGUUGCUCUAAACUUCACCUGUGACUGGGCUGAAGGAAGCUUGAAGGCCAACACGACUUACAAAUCCUUCAGUAAUUUUGUGGUGAAUGCUGAGGUGGGGCUACAUGUAGGCCUGUAUGGAAUUAACAUCACGCUCAGAGGAGAUCCUGUAGUACAGUUCAACGAGACCAUAGACUACAAUGAAAUGUUCACAUGGACUGGUGUCACAGAGGAUGAUUAUUCUGAUGCCCUGGAAAAAGGUCUUCCUAACCCCAUCCUGUACAUUGCUGAGAAGUUCACCCUCGACAGCCCCUGCAGUCUCAUCUAUCAGUACCAAUACUCAGGCAGAUACGCCUCGGCCACCUUGUGGACGGCUUUUUGCUGCUGGAUGGUGGCCAACAUCCUCUUCUCAAUGCCCGUCAUCCUGUACGCCGGCUUCAUGAUGCUUGCUACGGCGGCUUUUAUCUUCUUCUCCUUGGCCUCCUUUUCCACAAUAUACAACAUCCCACAGUGCAGCUUCUCUAUAGGCACAGAAUCCUUUGAACCUGAAUAUAGCCAUUCCUUCUGGUUAGCUAUAGCUACUGGUUUAUUGUCAGCAGUGAUUGGUAUUGUAGUUAUUCUGCUGGACUGCCUGAUCCCAGAGAAGAUGAGGGAAGCUUUCAGUGUCGGGGUGGAUGAGGAUGACGAUAACGACAUGCACUCAAUAUCAGAGGGCUACAUCAACACCAGCUUCCUAGAAGGAGUAAGUUUAGAAGGCGUGACUGUAAAAACAACGAACCAAGAACCACAGCAGAUCUCCACUUUAACUAAGCUUUGAGAAACCAACUGAAGUCAACAUGGCCAUCAUUUCCUAUACUUGAAAAUCCUACAAAAUUAAGCUUUUUUUUGUGCUGUGGGCUGCUGUAAAUACAAAUGUAAACAUUUUUUUUUCUGUUGUACCUUCACGUACGUAUAUGUGUAAAUAUGUAUAUACAUAUGUUUGAGUUGAGAAAAAUAAAGAUAUAUGAAAAACA